CGGCUCCGCCUCUGCCGGCGGGCUCUGGGGAACCGCUGGGUCGGCGCGCCCGGGGCUGGCGGAGCAAUUCCUGAGGCGCUCAAGCUCACCCCCAACGCUAACUCCGCCUAUUCAAUCCCGGCGGCUCCCCCUCUCCCCCCUCCCAAUCCUCCUCCCGGCUCCUGCCCGCCCCUUUCGCCCUGGUGGUAGGAAACACUCCUGAAUCUAACUCGACGUGUCCGGAAAGCCCUGGCCAGUUUUCCUUUCGUUCUGCGGCCGCUGCAGCCAGCCCCGCGGCUCCCUCAGACCCGCGGGCGCAGCCGCCGGGGGUGAGGCGCUUGGGGACCGCGGGCCGAGCGGCGGGGAUCCCCGAGCACCAUGCUGGACCCGUCUUCCAGCGAAGAGGAGUCGGACGAGGGGCUGGAAGAGGAAAGCCGCGAUGUGCUGGUGGCAGCCGGCAGCUCGCAGCGAGCUCCUCCAGCCCCAAGUCGGGAAGGGCGGCGGGACGCGCCGGGGCGCGCGGGCGGCGGCGGCGCCGCCAGAUCCGUGAGCCCGAGCCCCUCUGUGCUCAGCGAGGGGCGAGACGAGCCCGAGCGGCAGCUGGACGAUGAGCAGGAGCGGAGGAUCCGCCUGCAGCUCUACGUCUUCGUCGUGAGGUGCAUCGCGUACCCCUUCAACGCCAAGCAGCCCACCGACAUGGCCCGGAGGCAGCAGAAGCUUAACAAACAACAGUUGCAGUUACUGAAAGAACGGUUCCAGGCCUUCCUCAAUGGGGAAACCCAAAUUGUAGCUGAUGAAGCAUUUUGCAACGCAGUUCGGAGUUAUUAUGAGACAAAUGGAGGCAUGAGCUUCCUUAGAAUUACCCCUUUGACGCAUGGUUCUGUUUCAUCUGGACUUUUGAGGCUUAGUAUCUUUCUACUACUUAGCUUUCCUGACUCAAACGGAAAAGCCAUUUGGACAGCUCACCUGAAUAUAACAUUUCAGGUUGGAAAUGAGAUCACAUCGGAAUUAGGAGAGAGUGGAGUGUUCGGGAAUCAUUCUCCUCUGGAAAGGGUGUCUGGUGUGGUGGCACUUCCUGAAGGAUGGAAUCAGAAUGCCUGUAAUCCUUUGACCAAUUUCAGCAGGCCCAAACAGGCAGACUCAUGGCUGGCCCUCAUCGAACGUGGAGGCUGUACUUUUACACAUAAAAUCAACGUGGCAGCAGAGAAGGGAGCAAAUGGGGUGAUCAUCUACAACUAUCAAGGUACGGGCAAUAAAGUAUUUCCCAUGUCUCACCAGGGGACGGAAAAUAUAGUCGCGGUGAUGAUAGGCAACCUGAAAGGCAUGGAAAUUUUGCACUCGAUUCAGAAAGGAGUCUAUGUGACAGUCAUCAUUGAAGUGGGGAGAAUGCACAUGCAUUGGGUGAGCCAUUACAUCAUGUCUCUAUUUACCUUCCUGGCUGCCACAAUUGCCUACUUUUACUUAGAUUGCGUCUGGAGACUUACACCUAGAGUGCCCAAUUCUUUCACCAGGAGGCGAAGUCAAAUAAAGACAGAUGUGAAGAAAGCUAUUGGCCAGCUUCAACUGCGAGUUCUCAAAGAAGGGGAUGAGGAAUUAGACCUAAAUGAAGACAACUGUGUUGUUUGCUUUGACACAUACAAACCCCAAGAUGUAGUACGCAUUUUAACUUGCAAACAUUUUUUCCAUAAGGCAUGCAUUGACCCCUGGCUUUUAGCCCAUAAGACAUGUCCCAUGUGCAAGUGUGACAUCCUGAAAACUUAAGAAAUCUGGAGAAUUUUCUGAAGAUGUAACCAGAUCUUUCCAAAUACAAAGAUUAGAUAAAUUCCCUUAUUGUACUUUAUGUAGAGAGAAAAUUUCAGCUUCUCUACCCAAGUAUGAACAAGGGUGAAAUUUGUGUUUUAAAAAUAAAACUCCUUAUCAUGCCCAGCUAUUUGAACUUCUUGUCUUUCUAAUCAGUUUUAAUUGUUUUUUUAGGUCAAUUUUAUUUUAUUUAUUUAUUUUUUACUAUACUUUAAGUUUUAGGGUACAUGUGCACAACGUGCAGGUUAGUUACAUAUGUAUACAUGUGCCAUGUUGGUGUGCUGCACCCAGUAACUCGUCAUUUAACAUUAGGUAAAUCUCCAAAUGCUAUCCCUCCCCGCUUCCCCCACCCCACAACAGGCCCCGGUGUGUGACGUUCCCCUUCCUGUGUCCAUGUGUUCUCAUUGUUCAAUUCCCACCUAUGAGUGAGAACAUGCGGUGUUUGGUUUUUUGUCCUUGCGAUAGUUCGCUGAGAAUGAUGGUUUCCAGCUUCAUCCAUAUCCCUACAAAGGACAUGAGCUCAUCCAUUUUUAUGGCUGCAUAGUAUUCCAUGGUGUAUAUGUGCCACAUUUUCUUAAUCGUAUCCCUUUUUGCCCUUAUCCAAAUAAGAACAUUAGUAUAUGUUAAAAACAAAUUUUUUUUUUCUUCAAGUUACUAGGAUUGUGACAUUGCCAUAGAGAAUUAGCCAUGCUAUUUUAAAGUUUCCUUUUUUAAUACUAAUUCUUGUACUUUGUUUCCACAUUUUGACUAAUUUUGGUAUCUAAUAAUUUAUAUCUCUGAUUCUCCAUGGUUAAUUAAUUUUAUUAAUACCCAGGAAAUCUAGUUUCCAAAGCUACUCACUGGAUUGGUAAUGUGUUCUAAAUAAUUAUUUUAGAUGAUAGUACUUUGGAUAUGUAAGGAAACGUGUUCUAAAUUAUUAUAGGCCUCAUUUAGGAUAACAUUGCAAACAUUCACCUUUGUUUGCCAGAGCUCUUUAAAUCCUAGCAUAGUGACUCAGCUAUGGUAGCAGAUUUCUUUUCUAGAAGUGUCCUUAGUAAAUGCUUCUCUUUUCCUCUCCAAAUGGUAAUGAAUGUUUCUCUGGGGGCAUUUUGAUAACAUAGGGCAGAGCUAAAAUUUUGUUCAAUUGCCUUUCCAUGUUAUAUUCUUUGCCUUAUUUUGCAUCUUCCUUUUUUCUAGUAGAUGAAUAAACACCUAUAUAACAAUGAGAGACAGAAAGAUUUAGGUAUUGUUGUAUUGAUGAAAAUUUCUGUUUCUGGAUGAUAUGCUAAACCUUUGAUACCUCAGUGUCACUUUGUGAAUAUACACACCAUAUACUACCUUUUAAAAUGUGCAGGGAUGUAUGAAAAUAAAAUCGGAUUAAUGGCCUUUGGGAGAGAAAAUCAACCUUUAUGGGUAUGUUUUAUAUCAUCAGUAUUCUUUUUAUACUAGUUUUUGUUGGCCCAUAGGACCCUUUGUUCCUUCAUCUUUCUUGUCUCAAAUUACCAUGUUGUAGAUUUACAUUUCAUAAGAAGUAACAGCUCCUUUAGUCCUGGUGAGUUCCAACCAAAAGUGACUUCUAGCACUUUACGUAUGUAGACCAGAGACAUUCAUGUUCAAGGUCAGAAUCUUUGGCCUCGGUUUCCUAGCUGGUGGGAAAAAACCCACUGAGAUUCACCGCCAAGAAAGUGUACCAGUAGCAGCGUGGCUGCUUGUGAACUUACUAUGCUUGUGAGUCCACAUGCCAUCCUUUAGCUUUGAGGUCAUAUUGUGCCACUGACAUGAUUGUGGCAAAAACAUAGGCAGAGUGGACAGAGCCUGUGGAAUCUUCUAAUAGGGAUAUUUGUUAAGUUCUGCAAAAAUGUUUGAUAAAAGCAUCUACUUAUUGCUGCUAAUGGUUAACUUUAAGUGUGCACCUUGAAGUUUUUCUUAAUAGCUGUUUUUUAAAAAAUGAAUUGUGCCAAACUAAUAUGACUAUAUUUAAUCUUUCCCUUGACACCCUUUCUCCUCCUCUUUCAAAAUAUUGUUUGUUUAAUAACAGACAUCAAAGUCUGCAGAGAAAUUAGCUUCCCUAGAUAUCAGUCCUUUCUUUACUCCUGUCAGUCUUACUACAUUUGUACAGUCAAUGUAAGACAGAGAAAGUGAGGCAGAAGUAAACUGAGCAGGAUCCCUUACUUUAAAACAGCAAAACCAUAAAACAAAAGCCACAAACUUCUCAGAAAGCUUAAAUUAAAUAAAUGCAAUAUAAUGGUUUAUGUGAUGAAUCAAAAAUUAGCAGUGUGACUUUUACUUUUUGAUGUAAAAAUAAUGUCACUAAGCUCACCACUUUUGCCUCACAUCCGGUCACUGCACUAAUUUUUAAUUAUCCUUUUUUUUAGCUUGUCAUUUUGUUGGAAAUAUCUCCUUCACUUGCUGGGAAAAUAAAACAUUCUUACAUGCGCUUUCAGACUUUAAAGAGCACACAUUGUAUGAAUUUUAGAUUUAAUUUUUAGUUUAAUGUGCUACCUACUACCAUUAUAUGUAGCUCAGUGAUUAUAUCCAUCUUAUAACAACAUAGAAAUCACCCAUAACAGCAUUUAAGCCAAUAAAUUCACAGUAUGCUCUAAGCUCUUAUCUAAUUGGCUGCUGGGUCUUGCAUGUCAUAAUCACAUCACACAACAGUAAGCAGUAUCUAGAGUUAACAGUAGGGGAUUUAUUUUUCAAUCUAAAGUUUUUCACCUCUCUCUAGUAAGACAUCUGAAACUCAUAAGCCAUCUUUAAGAAUUUCUUACAAAAACAUGCUGGAAGACAGUGGAUCUUGUUUGUAUCCUGAAGAUUUUUUUCUCUUCGUUAUUUUAAAUUAAUUGUCAACAGAUGUGCAACUGUUGAGUUGGUUCUUAAGUCACUCGGAGAAGAGAGAGAUGCAUCUACUCAAGGUUGGCACUUGGAGAAACAACACUGCCUCUUCCUGGCUUAUGAAGUUCAGUGUUCUUUGGCUUGUUAGUCAGAACUGUUGCAGAGCAAGUGUUGUUUGGAUGGCUUAUAUGAACAUAUCAUUUCAUGUUGGGAAUCAUGUGUUGUCAGAGUUGGGAGAGACUGGAGUCUUUGGAAGAAGCUCCACUUUGAAGAGAGUGGCAGGAGUUAUAGUGCCACCAGAGGGAAAAAUCCAAAAUGCAUGUAAUCCCAAUACCAUUUUCAGCCGAUCAAAGUACUCAGAGACCUGGCUUGCACUUAUUGAACGGGGAGGUUGUACCUUCACACAGAAAAUUAAAGUGGCAACUGAGAAGGGAGCCAGUGGAGUGAUCAUCUAUAACGUUCCAGGAACUGGCAACCAGGUGUUCCCCAUGUUUCAUCAGGCAUUUGAAGAUGUCGUUGUGGUUAUGAUUGGUAACUUAAAAGGCACGGAAAUUUUCCAUUUAAUUAAGAAGGGAGUUCUCAUUACAGCCGUGGUUGAGGUGGGGAGAAAGCACAUCAUCUGGAUGAAUCACUAUUUGGUCUCUUUUGUGAUUGUGACAACUGCUACCUUAGCAUAUUUCAUCUUUUAUCACAUUCAUAGACUUUGUUUAGCAAGGAUUCAGAACCGGAGAUGGCAGCGAUUAACAACAGAUCUUCAGAACGCACUUGGACAACUCCAACUUCGAGUAGUAAAAGAGGGGGAUGAAGAAAUAAAUCCAAAUGGGGAUAGCUGCGUAAUUUGCUUUGAACGCUAUAAGCCUAAUGACAUAGUUCGUAUUCUGACUUGUAAACAUUUUUUCCACAAGAAUUGCAUUGACCCCUGGAUUUUACCCCAUGGGACAUGCCCCAUUUGCAAAUGUGAUAUUCUUAAAGUUUUGGGGAUUCAAGUGGUUGUUGAAAAUGGAACAGAACCUUUGCAAGUUCUAAUGUCAAAUGAACUGCCUGAAACCUUAUCACCUAGUGAAGAGGAGACAAAUAAUGAAGUUUCUCCUGCAGGAACCUCAGAUAAAGUAAUCCAUGUGGAGGAGAACCCUACUUCUCAGAAUAAUGACAUCCAGCCUCAUUCAGUAGUGGAAGAUGUUCAUCCUUCACCUUGAUGGUAUGACUUUUGAGGAAGUGUAUUAAACCUGUAUGUGAAAUCAGGUCCUAAUACUGACAAGCAGUUUGUCUGUUUGAA